UAUCUAUAGAAGUAAGGAGCUUUCUUGGACAAGAGGGUUGAGUCACUCAUUACCAGCAAGCGACUCCAUAGUGCACGUGGAGGGUUAGAAAACAACAGGAAAUCAACAUGAAGUGUAACUUCCUGGACUCUCCGUAAACUUCAACUGGUCCCAACCAAGAAAUCCAGUCCUGCACAUAAACCCCGUCCUACAUCAACAACAAAUAUGAACUUUUUCACACUACGAAUUAACAUAGAACAAGUUAAUCUGUGAGCUUUAGAGGGGAUCUUUGGUCAGAGCUAAGCUGUUUCCCCAUGUUUACAGUAUUUGUGCUAAGUUGAGUUAGCUCCAUAUUGAGCGUACAGAUGUUACAUCUAACUCUCAACAAGAGAGCAAAUGGGAUUAUUUCCCAAAAUGUUGGACUUUUCCUUGAAUGAGUCGGCAGCAUGUUUGUCUAAUUCUCUCAUUUUUAAUAUUCUUAAUGCUUUGUUUUUAAUUUUGCUCUUUAUGGUCUAAUACUAACAAAGUUAGUACAGAGGCCUGUAAAAGUCUUGCGGGUUCUCUGCAGAUGAAUUAAUACAUCAGAAACACUGAGUGCAUCUUCAUCCAUCUCCUGCUCCCUUCAUUUACAUCCAGUUAACGGCAUCUGUGUCCAUCGCUGAGGGGCGUCGUAUCAAUUCAAACCCUCUUAUAUCAUAACGCAUCAUGGAAAUAUGCUGCCUUCUGUAGCCAGGAGAAUAUGGCGAAGACAUUUUGUCCCUGCAGCUCUUCAUUUAGAUGCAAAUGUGAGGCGGCCCUGUGGGUUCGAAUGCGGUGGUGGGUGGGUGGGGGGAACCAGGGGAAACGCAAUUGAGGGAUUUCUUUGUGAGGCCCGACGCAAAUCCCAAAUGUUCUCAGGGCUGAAAACAAAAGCAGCAUGGGUGCUGCACCGGCCACGAAAGGCCCCUUCAAUGGAUGCACCUCCUGCCACACAAAAGCACCGAGGGCUGCAUGUUCCUCUCCCCACGUUGGAGAGACAUUUACAGCCGAAGUCACCGGUACUAUCGUUAAGACUUCUUUUUGUGGUGACUGCUUGAGUGAUGAAGGGAGCCACCGUGAAGCGACGCCUGGCGGGAGCCUCCCCAGCUGGCUCCGCUGUCUGUGUGAAGCCAGUGUACAUGGUGGCAUGUGGCUGGGAUUAGGAAAUUUCACUGUGGAUUAAAAUCUUUCCAACGCCUCCGUGGCCGCUCGCUGGGAGAAAGUCUGAAGUUCCAGCGGAGAUCCAGUGAGCACUCUGGGCCCAUGGUCUCCCGUAGCAGCUCCAGGAUGUUCCAGGUGCUCCAGGGUCACAUCCAGCCGGCCGGACACCGAAGCCGCAAAGCUCGCCUGGUCAGCAAAGAAGGGCGCUGCAACAUCGAGUUCGGCAACAUCGAAUACAGCAACCACCUGGCGUACAUGGUGGACCUGUGGACCACGUUCGUGGAGAUCCGCUGGCGCUUCGUCCUCCUCCUGUUCGUGGCCUCGUUCACGGGCAGCUGGUUCAUUUUCAGCCUGCUGUGGUACUGGAUCGCCAAGAGCAACGGGGACCUGACGGGCCAGAACCGAACCGACGGACACGUCCAGUGUAUAGACAACGUCAACGGCCUCACGACGGCGUUCCUCUACUCCCUGGAGACCCAGACCACCAUCGGGUACGGUGGCAGGGCGCUGACGGGCCACUGCGCCGGCACCGUGGCUCUGAUCAUCGUCCAAUCGCUGAUCGGCGUCUUCAUCAACUGCUUCAUGUGCGGCGUCAUCUUGGCCAAGAUCUCCUUGCCCAAAAACAGGGCGAAGACCGUCACCUUCAGCGACACGGCCGUCAUCUGCUUGAAGAAAGGAAGCCUGUGUCUCCUGAUCAGAGUGGCGAACCUUCGGAAGACCUUGUUGAUCGGCAGCCAGAUCUACGGCAAGCUGCUCAGGACAAUGACCACACCGGAUGGAGACACCAUCAUUCUGGACCAGGUGGACAUCGACUUUGUGGUCGACGCCGGAAAGGACAACUUGUUCUUCGUUUGCCCGAUGACCCUCUACCACGUGAUCAACAGAUCGAGUCCGUUCUACGAGCUGUCGGCGGACUCUCUUCCCCACCAGGACUUUGAGUUGGUGGUGUUUUUGGACGGCACGGCCGAGUCCACCAGCUCCUCCUGUCAGGUCCGAACCUCCUACGUCCCCCAGGAGAUCCAGUGGGGGUACAGUUUCCUGCCCAUCAUCUCCCGCACCAAGACAGGGAAGUACCGCGUGGACUUCUCGAACUUUUCCAAAAGCGUCCGGGUCACCACGCCGCACUGCGUCAGCUGCUUCGAGACGGACGCCGACCAGAGAAACCACAACAGCAGCCAGGACGGAGAAAACCACAACCAGCAGCAGAAGUCGGGGAUCGACAACUUGGGCUUCCAGGUGAUCGACAUUCACGACUCCGUGGACAUCACCAAGAUGUGAGUGUUGCAAACCCUCGUGAAUCAGGAAGUGAGGAAUAAAGUGUGAAAAAGCCACUUCCCUUUGAAGCAAAGUUUCACUGUUCAGUCAGACUCUCUUGACGAGGAGAGAAUAUCUGCUUCCUCCAGUGAAUAUUUGAGUUAAUCUAGUUUUUUUUUUUUGCCUCGAACAGCAGAAACAGUCAAAGUGUGGAUAAAAACUCAGACAUGAGCGAGAGUUAAGCUCUUUGCUCAGCAGCUCAUUACAAUCAAAGCACCUUUGGGACAUGUGACUUUGUCUAGGUAACGUGUGGAAGAGGAGGGGGGGGGGGUAGAAAAAAAGAGGGAUUGAAGUUUUGACACAUCAAAAAACUGAAAGGGGUAAAAUACUGGAUGGCACAGUGGGUACUUCUUGAGGAGAUUAAUGCCUGAGCCCGUUAUAAUAAGAACUGUGUGCUAUAAAGUCUGUGGAAGGAAAUAAGAAGUAGGACAGGCCUUUGGAGUUCUCUCAUUAGUCCAACUAAAGCACUAACUGUAAGCCUUCAUAGUUAGCAAACUGUGGACAUAGCUGCUGAAUAAAUGAGAUUAUUUUAACUGUGACCAGUCUACAUUUUUGUCCAUCAUACUGUUGUAACACUGAAACUUCUUCUCAGGGAAAAUAACAACCUUAGUAGGAAUAAACCCCUUUUUUCACAUUUUUGUGUGUUCUUAAUGUGUGUUUUUGGUAUUCUACACGUUAAAUAUGUUGUCUGAAUAUGCAGGAAUAUGAUUAAUACUGGUAUUAAUAAUACUGGUUGAAAGUACAUUUACUCAAGUGCUGAUUUGCCUUUGAAAUUAGAGAUACUUUCACUUUAUUUCAGUACGGUUAUUCAAUUUUAUGCUACUUUAUAAGGCUGAUUAUAUUAUAUAUAUUUAAUCAUUUAAUAAUUUACCAAUGUUUUGAAGUGGCAGUCUUCUUCACGGUAAAGAGACAAGCUUUGAGAAAUUCUGACAGGGAUUUUUCACCAUUUAAUAAACCAAACGAUUAAUCAAUUAAUCCCAGAAAUCAACAGACUAAUCGACAAUGAAAAUUACCGUCGGGGGUAGAUCUAAUACAAAGUCAUUUCUAAAAUGAGCUCAACUUUGGUGAACAACAUUAAAAUACUUAAUUCCUAAUAAUCUAACAUAUAAAAACACUGCAUAACAAGUACUUUUACCUUUUGAUAUUUAAAAGUACAUUUUGACGAUCAUACUUCUGCACUCGUACCUGAGGAGGAGUUGGAAUGCAGAACUUUUACUCGUCAUGGAGUCAAGUACUGUACUGAAGUAUUUUCAGGUAUUUGUACUUUACUUGGGUAUCUCCAGUUUAAGGUACUUCUACUCUGUUUCGAGGCAAACUUUGUACCUUUUUUACUCCACUACAUUUAUUUGACGUUGCAGAUUCACAUUAUUAAUAACCUAUAAAUAAACUGAUAGAUGCUGAUGUAUCAUUAUGCAUUAAGCUACCCAGCAGUAUAUAAUGUCGCUGUGAUUAGCUUCAUGUUUACCAGCUGCAACAUUAGUGACGCUUACACUUUUAACGCAUCCAUAACUAUAAUCCACAUACAGUAUUUGUAUAUUUGAUGGACUUUUACUUUUAACAGAGUGUUUCCACAUUGUUGUAUUUAUAUUUGUAUUAGAGUAAAAGAUCUGAGUACUUCUUCCACCACUGCUGGUUAUGAUUUUCAGCAUCAAUUAAAGGGAAUUUAAG